UUAGUGUGUGUCAUUUUUUCCUCUUGACAACCCUUGUGGUUCUAUUCAGUUAUUUUUUUCUCAACCUUGUGCUCAGUCUUCACAUCAUCUCUAUGUGCCUCUCUGAAGGGUAAAAUCAGCCAGAGGUUUUCAAGGCAUCUGAAAAUUAGUCUGGCCUUGUUUAUAAAAUGAGUAUUCCAGCUGGGGAUGACAUUUGGAAGAAGGUCAAACUUUCUAUAUCUUGUGCAAUCAAUAAAACGUUUCCAUUCCUCCAUGGCUUACGAGAUAACGAAAUAAUUUCUCAAGAAGAUUUUGAGAAAUGUGAAAGGGAGGCAAAUUCAAAUCGAGGUAUUAAUGAAGCAAUAUACAACAUGCUUAGAGGCCUUGAGUUCAAUGAAUUAACAUAUAGGAAGCUCUUCUGCAAGGAGAACUUGGAUGCAUAUCAAGAUUUACAGCCAAUAUAUAAAAGUCUAAAAAAUGGCCUUCCACAUGUCUCUUAUGAGCUGCUUCCACACAGAUCUUCUGCUCUAAAUAUAGGAAAAAGGGUACAAAAGGAGAAACACCAGAUUUUAGAUUUCCAGAGUGAUGAACUGAAUGUAAGCUGCGGAAAAGCUAAAGGAGUUUUGUACAAAAAAAAAUUAGCAGCAGGAGUUUCGCAGAAAUGUAUCAGGGAUGAUGGUGGAAACUGGUACACGCCAAUAGAGUUUGAACGUAAAGGAGGGCGUGGAAGUCAGAAAAACUGGAGAAAAAGCAUUCACUGUAAUAGAUUUCAGUUAAAGACAUUAAUAGAGAAAGGAUAUCUUCUGAACCCACCACGAUCAUCCCCCAUGAAAAAUAAGAUUUCAAGACUAUGUCUACGGAAAAAGAAAGUUACAGAAUUUUCACAGCUUUGGAGUCAAGCAGGACUUGUGGGAAAUGCUUCAGAGUUAACCCAGUUCCAGUUACCAGGUAUCCCAGUGCAGUGUGGUGCUGUGAAAGGAGUGUUGUAUAAACAUAGAUUUGUAGCAGGUCCACUUAAAAAAUGCAUCAGAAUGGAAGAGCGAUGGUGUACUGCUAAGGAGUUUGUGGAAAUUAAUGAUAAAAUCACGAAUGGAUCUUAUAACAAAGACAUUCAUUUCAAUGAAGGACCACUACAAAAUCUAAUAGAGGAUGGAACUUUGAAAACUCAUUCUAAUGAUUGCUCUUGUUAUAACUGCAAAGGAAUCAAGUGGACAGAAAAUGAUGAUACCUGUGAAGUUUGUAAGGAAGAUGGUUUCUUGAUGUGCUGUGAUUCAUGCCCUAGAUCCUUCCAUGGUGUUUGCCAUGUUCCAGAUGCCUCUAUUACGAAAAGCAAGAAGUGGAUAUGUACCUUUUGCAAAAUUGAAAGUCAGUUUUCAGAAAAGUCCUCUAACCAAAGAGAUGUCCUAGGAUAUCAAAUGGUCCCUCGGCAUCGCCUGAAAUGUGAGUUCCUGCUUCUGAAGGUCUGUUGUCAAGAUGCCAGAGAUUUUGCUAAGGAUCCAAUCAAAAGGAUAAAAGAGAAGCUGCAGAAAAAGCUCUAUCAAAAUGUAGGUGACUUCAUCUAUGAUGUGCAGCAGACCUUCAGCAAUUUCCAGAUUACUCAGGAUGAGAAGAUUAGAGAGAUGAUACAGAAAUCACAAGAUGAAUUUGAGAAGAAUUUUAAGGAAGUGUUUUCCAUUAAGUAACCAAUUUCUGAAGCUGAAAAAUAACAGUCUCAUCAAGGAUUACUACAAAAUAUCAUAAUUAUGAAAAAAUCUUAUAUUCGUAAAACUUUUAUACUACUAUAAAAUGUCAGAUAUUUCUUUUUUAAAAAAUAGUCAGGAUAUCACAAAGCCAUGUGGAUUCCUUUAGAAGUCAAGAUUUUAACUGCUAGUUUUCUUUUCAUAUGGAUAUGCAGCAAGCAGUAGGAAACAAACUUUCAUGUAUUUGGAGCUUUUUCUGCACUAGAGUUUUGAUAUGUAACUGUGUACUCUUAAAAAGUUCCGCCUUGGGCAAAAGUUGCAAUUAUCAUCUCAGCUCUGACAAUGCUUUUUAACCGUGCAUAAUCAUUAGGUUGUAUGGAAAACCUCCUUGUCUUAUAGAACAUUUUUCAUAGGGGGGGGGGCGGUCAAGAAACAAAACACUCAAGACUGGAAAGUAAACCCUCACUUCCAGAGUAGUGAUGCAGUCACCAGCCUCUUUGACUAACCCUCAACUUGAGACCAAGAGGUAAAUUUCAAGUCCUGCUGGGAAUUAACCAAAACAGAAGGUAAGGCACUUCACAGACUGAGUUCCACAAAACAAUUACUCAGGUAGCUAUGGCAAAUUGGUCAAGGGGUUGGAUUCAGUCUGAAGCAUUAUAAAACCCAAAGAACGCCACACAAAUAUAAUUAGUAAAGUUUAUUAAAAGAAGUCCAAGAAAAUACAAAUUAUAGAAGUGUGCAAAACAGGAAAAGGAACAUAACAAGCUAAAUAUCUAAACUGAUAACACUAUAGAUGCUUUCAGCCCAAACCAGAUGUUACCUUUUAGAUAGAGCACAAAAGUUCAGGCAAAACUUAAGAGUUCAAAAUCCAGAGAACAAAGGCAAGAUGGCAAAUGGCUACAGGCUUCCACCAGCAACCAUCCCAACAAGAAUAGCAUCCAAGAACAAAGAUCUGAUCCCAAGCAAGGAGCGUUCAGGCUUUAAGGCUACCUGCCCACAGUAUGGCCUAUCCAGCUUGCCCAAUCAGGGAAGAGCUUCUCCUGCAGCUAGCAUACCUUCACAGGUUGGGAGUAAAUCACUCCACUUCCAGAGUGCCAUGCAUUAAUGAGAUGAAAUGCAGUUAUGAAAACUCCCUUCAACCUUCUGGCCUUGAAGUCCUUCAGAUCUUGCACCUGUGGCUCCAUCUCACUUUCUUAUCUAUCCGGGAACCUGCAGUGUCAUCCUAGCUGCAUAUUCCCAGAGAAAGCUUCCUUUGCUUUUAACUAGCUUCUAACUAGGCCACACAACCUGAACCAAAGUUUGAAUAGGCCAAGAAACAGACUAGGCAUAUUCAGUUUGUUGAUAGGCUGUGCACAAAUAUAUGGCUUAAUUUAAAAAACAGAGCUUUGUAUCAUUACAUUUUAGGGGAAAAUAUAUCAUCUCUGCUUUGGUAGUCUUGACAAAGAUUGUUCAGCAUUUUUCACUUAUCUGCCUCUUUCCACUCACAUUGAAUGUAGAAAGAUUGCAUUAAAUGCAGUAUUUGUAGUUCAGCUUAACUCUAGAGAAGCUUUACUUUUCAGAACAUCGUACUUUGCCUCUACUGUAACUUGGCUAUCACCCAUGGCUAUAUUAGAGGGAGAAAAGAGACAGCAAGGUUCCAUCUGUUUGACCUGGAGAAACUGUCUCCUAUGGUUCUGUUGUAUAACUGCCAUCAUAAUGAAAGAGUUUGGACUUUGAAUUUG